UUGUUUCCUCGGAAUAUCUCGAGCCUUCGAGAUCUGUCGGAGCUUCUGGGUUCAUUGCACCGAUGGGAGUAUGGUUUUGUAACAGAGCAGUGGCUGCGUGGCAUGUUAUAAAGCUCCCGGUUCGAAUCCCGCUCUGAACGAGCCAGCAAUCGCAUCAAGAGAACCUAUAGUUCGAACAGUCAAGAAACCAAGUGGGUCGGAAGAUUUCUGGUCGACGAGCACGUUCGAUAUGGACAACAGCACGUUUCCGUCACAAGGGAGCAUUUCAUCAAUCGGCACAUCCAACCAUAACUUUGCUGAUUCUCAAGCUGGUUCCAGAAAUUCAAAUGCUCCUACCGAGUUCGUGAAUCACGGUCUUAGACUCUGGAAUCAAACUCGGGAGCAUUGGGUGGGGAAGAAAAGACCCGAUAACCCGCUGAAUCACAAUCAAGAACCUAAAUUAAAUUGGAACGCAUCGUACGACAGCUUGCUCGGGAGCAACAAGCCAUUUCCGCAAGCCGUCCCUCUCUCUGAGAUGGUGGAUUUCUUGGUGGACAUUUGGGAACAAGAAGGUCUCUAUGACUGAAGUCAUAGACGAGGCGUUUCAAAGGAUACGAGAAUGGCUUCCUGUCGGGUGGCGAAGACAGAACAUAAACCGAAGCUUCGAACAUUGCGCGUCUUUUUUUUUUCUUUUCAUAAUUUCCCUUUUGUUUGUUCAUUAUGAAAAAAAAAAAGACAAUUCUUGUGUUGUGUUCCUCGUUCCACCGUCUUCAAUUGGAAAUAAUCGAGAAAACGGUAUGUCUUGUUGGAAGAUUCAACAUUUUUUUGUUAAUUGGAAUAUGAAUUCCCAGACA